AUGCUCUCCACGGCGGCGGCGCCCUCCACCUCGCUCGCCGCCGCGCUCCCCUCCUCCCGCGCGCGCAGACGGCGCUCCCGCGUCGUCGCCGUGGCCGCGGCGGCGGCGGCGUCAGGGCCGGGCGCCGGGGCGCGGGAGGGAGGGACGGAGCGGUUCGCGGCCAGCGGCGGCGGCGGCUCCAUCACCGACUACCUCCGGUACCGCCGCCCCGAGCUUGGCGGCGGUGGUGCCGGGGGAAGGGGAGGAGUGGCCGGCGGGGAGCUGCAGACGGCCGUGGUGCGCUUCGAGAAGCGGUUCCCGUGGUCGCUCCUCCACCCGUUCCUGCACGUCGAUUUGGUUUCUACAGUUCACAUUGCCGACAAAGAAUACUUUGAUAGGCUGCAGCAACAGCUUGAAGGUUACGACUGUGUCCUGUAUGAAAUGGUUACAAGUCGGGAGAAUUUGAACCAUCCGAAGGGUCCAAUGGCUGCUAAGAAGAUGAAAUCUUCACGUAGAGGAUUCAGUAUUCUUGGCUUCAUACAGAAGCAAAUGGCUCGGAUCCUUUCACUGGAUUAUCAAUUAGACUGUCUUGAUUAUGGCAAUGAGAAAUGGCAACAUGCUGACCUUGACUAUGAAACAUUCAAGCAGCUUCAGAGUGAAAGAGGUGAAAGUAUUCUCACAUUUGCAGUAGACAUGACACUGAAAUCGACCAAAGCCUUGGUGCAGCCAACUAACAUGCCAGAUGGUCUUGACUUUUGGAGAUCGAAGUUACUCUGGGCCUCACGUGUGCUACCAAUGCCACUUGUUGGACUACUCGUCAUCACUGGACUUUGUUUGCCGGUGGAGAACCAAGAUGGAUUUCCUGAGCUGGAGGCAUUGUCUAGGCUAGAUGUUGGAGCUGCACUGAAGAUUUUCUUGGCAAAGCAACUGACAUCUGAAUUCACAGCUGUGACAUCACCCGUUGAGGAAAAAUCAGUUAUCAUUGGGGAGAGGAACAGAGUUGCCACUGAGAAGAUCAAGGAAGCAAUAAACCGUGGGUACAAGAGAAUAGCAGUUCUUUAUGGUGGUGGGCAUAUGCCAGACCUGGGAAGACGUCUUCGAGAAGAGCUCAAUAUGGUCCCAGCAGACGUGCAGUGGGUUACAGCAUGGUCAAUAAGGAGCCGAGAGCUAGACAGCAAAUCCCUCCCAUUCUUGAAGACAAUGGCUGAGGCUUCAGGCUGGCCUUUGAAUAGAUAUGAGACACUUGCUCUGCUCAUCUUUUCUUCCGUUCUCGCUGUGGAUCUUUGGUUCUGGGAGCUCCUCGUUGGUACUGCUGUGAAUUGGGCAUCUUUGGCUGGUUCCUGGAUUGACCAGUUUAAUGGCCCAUUUUGACCAACAAUUGGGAAGGAGGAGAAACAGAAACCUAGCGACACGCUACUAUACAAAUGGCAGUGUAAAGACAAUAGAAUUGGUUUUUGUUUCAUUUUGUCAUAGCUCGCUGGAAUACUGUAGCACAGCAUUGUAGAUAAAACAUUUUUCCAUCAAAUUGAAACAAGAUUGGUGGUAAAGGUGGUAUAUUUCCUCUGAUUUUCAUAGUGGAUUUUUCUGAAUGAUAUUUGAA